GGAGGAUAUGAAAGUAGGUUGGAAAUAAUUAAAUAUUGUGAUCUUGAUAUGAACGACUUGCCUUUUUGAGUUCCAUCUUUAUGAUCAGUAAGAUAUGUUGAUUAUUCUAUUGCUACUCAUUUUGUCAAAUGAAUUACAGCCACAUGUUGAGGAUGUGUUUUUCAUGUGCAACUGUAAGGUUAUUGUUAUAUUCAUUGCUGUCUAUAAAGAACUAUAAAGUGUAAUAAGAACCAGAACACAACUGUUGGGCUGUAGCUAGUAAUAGCUUUGGGCUGACCAGUUGUCCACUGGUAAUCCGGUCCUGAUUCUUAGCGGACGUUCCAACUAAUGACAAACGCUCCAUUUGAAAAGUGCACAGUGGCUUGAUUAGUAAUGUCAAUCAUUAGAAAUGAUUGUCUUGUCAAAUCUUUGCUGGUUUUCUAGAAAUGUGUUUGUUGUCAUAGACUGUCUGAAGGUUAAAUUUAGGAUCAGGGGUUUACCAGGCAGUGGGAGUGAACCAAUAUAGGCCUGUUUCAGUACAGUAUGACUGUGAAUGCACAGUAGCAGUUUGCCCUAAAGGCUUCUAGUGUGGUCCCUUUGCUGGAUUUAUUCUUAUUCACCUGAGGGUCCAUUAGAGCAGGAAAGGGACUUUCUAUUGAUUUGUUGGAUAAGUGACUCAUACACAUCUCACCAAAGAUGCUGUAGCAGUUAAUUUUAACAAGCAGCACAACUUGACCUCAGCCCUGGAGAUUUAGGGUUCAUGACAAAGUGCCUGAUGUUUUCUGGUGAUUUGUAGAAAGACUUCAUUCCUGUUUUCUUUAAUGAGGCCUAGGAAACGAUUUGUUGUUCUCACAUUGUAGUAAUUGCUUUCAUGUUACUUUGCUGGGUUAUAUAAAAACUGCCUUUUUUAUGUACACGGAUCCUUCAACUUUGUGUAGUUUGACACUGUGCAUUUUGGAGCAUAUAUGAGCAUCAAUACUAUAAUUUACAACAUGUGUCUCUAAACCGUCAGGAGAAUGAAUAAAGGGUGCUGUAGGUACCUGAUCUUGAUAGGAUGGGUAGAUUCUACAUGGACCGUUGAUAACCUGCAGCCACUCACUGAGCUGCUGUGCUUGACUGGACAUUAUCUUAACUCAGCGAAUGCAGCUGAGCCUCCACUAUAGCAAGGAGUUGUGGCAACAGUUAACCAAACCACCUAAUGUCAUGUUGGGCCAGAAGUCACCGGAGAUGUUGUUGGAAAGUUUUUAAAAAUACAGCUGUAUCUAAAACUGCAGUCGCUUAAAAUAUUCGCUACGUAAGGAAGUGACAUCAGCUCAGUGAAAUCAACCAUGUUUUUGACUUGAGUCUGAACAGAGCAUCUAUAAACUGCAUGGAAUCAAAAAUCUGCACCUUGUUUGUUGGGGUCAAAGCUUAACUGUGUGACUGAGCUGAGAGACAGAAGAAUAUGCCUCCCAGGCCGUCGUCAGGGGAGCUAUGGGGCAUCCACUUGAUGCCCCCCAGGAUCCUGGUGGACUGUCUGCUGCCCAACGGGAUGAUCCUCACCCUGGAGUGUCUUCGUGAAGCCACUCUCAUCACCAUCAAACAUGAACUAUUCAAGGAGGCCCGGAAAUAUCCCCUCCAUCACCUUUUACAGGAGGAGACGUCUUACAUCUUUGUCAGUGUGACACAGGAAGCAGAACGUGAGGAGUUCUAUGAUGAGACCCGGAGGUUGUGCGACCUGCGCCUCUUUCAGCCUUUCCUCAAGGUUAUUGAACCUGUUGGCAACAGAGAGGAAAAGAUUCUCAAUAGAGAAAUUGGUUUUGCCAUCGGGAUGCCUGUGUGUGAGUUUGACCUUGUGAAGGACCCCGAGGUUCAAGACUUCAGGAGGAACAUCCUGAAUGUUUGCAAAGAUUCUGUGGAGCUGAGAGACGCAAGCGGACCCCAUAGCCGAGCGCUGUACGUUUACCCACCCAAUGUAGAAUCCACACAGGAACUCCCCAAACACAUCUACAACAAACUGGACAAAGGUCAGAUUAUUGUUGUGAUUUGGGUGAUUGUUUCUCCAAACAAUGACAAGCAAAAGUAUACGUUGAAGAUCAACCACGACUGUGUGCCUGAACAGGUGAUUGCAGAAGCCAUUCGUAAGAAGACACGCAGCAUGCUGCUCUCUCCGGAGCAGCUAAAGAUGUGUGUUCAGGAAUACCAGAGUAAAUACAUCCUUAAAGUCUGCGGCUGUGAUGAGUACCUGCUGGAAAAGUACCCCAUUAGCCAAUAUAAGUAUAUCCGUAGUUGUAUGAUGCUGGGGAGGCUGCCUAACCUGAUGCUAAUGGCUAAAGACAGCCUGUACACCCAGCUGCCCACAGACAACUUUGUCAUGCCGUCUUACUCCCGACGAAUCUCUACGGCGACGUCCUAUAUGAACGGAGAGGCAGCUGCCAAGUCGCUGUGGACCAUCAACGGAACUCUGAGAAUACGAAUCCUUUGUGCCACCUAUGUUAACGUCAACAUACGGGACAUAGACAAGAUUUAUGUGAGGACAGGCAUUUACCAUGGAGGUGAGCAGAUGUGUGACAAUGUGAACACACAGAGAGUACCCUGCUCUAACCCCAGGUGGAAUGAGUGGCUGACCUACGACAUGUACAUCCCAGACAUCCCCCGUGCUGCUAGACUGUGCCUCUCCAUCUGCUCAGUAAAGGGCAGGAAGGGAGCCAAGGAGGAGCAUUGUCCACUCGCUUGGGGAAAUGUCAACUUGUUUGACUAUACUCACACUCUUGUUGCCAACAAAAUGGCUCUUAACCUGUGGCCUGUCCCUCAUGGCCUUGAAGACCUCCUCAACCCCAUAGGAGUCACAGGAUCCAAUCCCAACAAGGAAACUCCAUGUCUAGAGCUGGAGUUUGAUCACUUCAGCAGUCCAGUCAAAUACCCAGAUAUGAACGCUGUAGAGGAUCAUUCAAACUGGACCAUUUCAAGGGAAAUGGGCUUCAACUACAACCUCUCUGGACAGAGCAACCGUGUAGCCAGAGAUCACGCCCUGACAGAGAGCGACACUGAGCAGCUGAGACAACUAAGUAACAGAGACCCUCUGUCAGAAAUCACUGAGCAGGAGAAAGACUUUCUGUGGAGAUACAGGCACUACUGCAUGAACAUCCCUGAGAUCCUCCCCAAGAUACUUUUGGCUGUCAAAUGGAACUCCAGAGAUGAAGUAGCACAGAUGUACUGUUUGUUGAAGGAGUGGCCCUCCAUCCGCCCUGAGCAGGCCAUGGAGCUGCUGGACUGUAACUAUCCAGACCCCAUGGUCAGACACUUUGCUGUACGCUGCCUUGAAAAGUACCUGACUGAUGAUAAACUCUCCCAGUACCUCAUUCAGCUUGUACAGGUUUUAAAAUACGAGCAGUAUCUUGACAAUCCCCUGGCACGCUUCCUUCUCAAAAAAGCCCUGACCAAUCAGAGGAUUGGACACUUCUUCUUCUGGCAUCUUAAGUCAGAAAUGCACAAUAAAACUGUGAGCCAGAGGUUUGGGCUGCUGUUAGAGGCUUACUGCAGGGCCUGUGGCAUGUACCUCAAACACCUGAGCAGGCAGGUGGAAGCCAUGGAGAAGCUCAUCAACCUCACUGACAUUCUCAAACAGGAGAAGAAGGAUGAGACACAGAAGAUGCGGUUUCUUGUGGACCAGAUGAAGAGACCAGACUACAUGGAUGCUCUGCAGAACUUCACCUCUCCUCUCAACCCUGCCCACCAGCUGGGAAAUCUGAGGUUAGAUGAAUGCAGAAUCAUGUCAUCAGCGAAGAGGCCAUUGUGGCUGAACUGGGAGAAUCCUGACAUCAUGUCUGAAAUGCUUUUUCAGAACAAUGAGAUAAUCUUCAAAAAUGGAGAUGACCUGCGCCAAGAUAUGCUGACGUUGCAAAUCAUUAAAAUCAUGGAGAACAUCUGGCAGAAUCAAGGCCUGGAUCUACGGAUGCUUCCUUACGGCUGCCUGUCAUUAGGAGACUGUGUGGGUCUAAUUGAGGUUGUUCGCAGCUCCCACACAAUCAUGCAGAUUCAGUGUAAAGGAGGCUUGAAAGGCGCUCUGCAGUUUAAUUCAAAUGCUCUGCAUCAAUGGCUUAAGGACAAGAAUAAGGGCGAGAUGUACGACUCAGCUGUGGAUUUGUUCACACGGUCCUGUGCUGGCUACUGUGUAGCUACAUUCAUCCUUGGAAUAGGAGACAGGCACAACAGCAACAUCAUGGUUAAAGAUGAUGGACAGUUGUUUCAUAUAGAUUUUGGCCAUUUCCUGGAUCAUAAGAAGAAGAAAUUUGGCUACAAAAGAGAGCGAGUGCCCUUUGUACUGACACAAGACUUCCUGAUUGUCAUCAGCAAGGGAUCCCAGGAGUGUGCAAAGACCAAAGAGUUUGAGAGGUUCCAGGAGAUGUGUUAUAAAGCCUACCUGGCCAUCCGGCAGCAUGCUAACCUCUUCAUCAACCUCUUCUCCAUGAUGCUGGGUUCUGGCAUGCCGGAGCUGCAGUCCUUUGACGACAUUGCCUACAUCAGGAAGACUCUGGCCCUGGAGAAAAGCGAGCAGGAAGCGCUGGACUACUUCAUGAAGCAGAUGAACGAUGCUCACCACGGUGGAUGGACGACCAAGAUGGACUGGAUAUUCCACACGAUUAGACAGCAUGCACUGAACUGAUCUCCCACAGGCCACGCAGAUCCACCAGUCUGACCAUGGAGUAUUUAUUUCUGUUUGACCAAUGCAGCAUUACUCUCAAGGAUUUUCAUUGGACACUGUAAACUGUACUGACAGUGACAGGUUCUGCAUAAUCUUUUAGUUUUUUAACACCAGAACCCAAUCUUGUUAUUCAAAUAAGGGUCCUGUUCAUCUGCAGGAUCCUGGCAUCCUCCUCCUCCAUGUGUGGAUGUACUCGAGCAUUUCCUUCAUGUCCUGGUGAAGGUGUCCAACGUGACUGAUGCUUGUGUUCCUGGCUGCUAUUCCUCCUCUUUUUGUUUGCUCUUUUCUAUUCAAAGCAAACUAGGUGAGCAGAGACAUUUGACCUCUGACCCUGCUGCUCAUCAACGUUCAAAUCUGCCAAGCUAUAAAUGUAGCCACAGUCAGUCAGACUACUGCCCUUCUGCUGUAUGAUUGCUGCGUUGCGGCUCCACCCCUCAAAGGAAAGGAAUCUUUAAGAAUCCCAAACCACGGCUGAGGAUAAAGGGCACAAGGAAAGGGCUCCAAGUGUUUUGUUGCUGAAGUGGAAGCUUCUACGGUGACGGUAUUAUUGUGUGGAAGCUUGGCUCCUGAGCUGAUUUAGUUUUUGCUUUGGAACUGCAGAUGAGCCUCCUGGAUGUGGAACAGCUCUACAAUCUCCUGUUGCCUCAAUGCAACAGCUUUAACCCUUGGAAGAUUAGUUUAAUGAUGCAGCAGAUUCUUGAAGCCUCCGUCGAACAACAGCACUUAGACAAGUAAUAUACGGAUUUAUUACGGCUUUUGAAACUUAUUUGUGUAUCGUUAGCCCUGUUUUUUUGUUUGUUCAUUCACAUUCAAAACCCUAAAACAUUUUGUUAUUUGUGUAGGUGUAUUUGUGUUGGUCUGCCAUGAGCUCUGCUCCUUUUCCUUUUCUCUGUUUAGAGACUUCUCACAUUUGCUCUUUUCUGCCUCAGUCACUUUAAGAUAAACGGUUUAAUUUGCCUCGUUACUAGACCAAUUCACUUCAUUGUGGCUGGUUUAAAGCCCUGCUUGGAAUUUUAUAGAUUUGUUUGGGCUGCGGAUGCAAAAAUGAUAAGUGAAAGUGGCAGUGUAACUCUUCAUGAAUAACGGGACCUAUUUUAAGCCUGUGUCUGUCUGUUUGUUGGUGAGCAGAGACCCGAGGGACGUCACGUCUUCCUGUUGAUGAAAUACUUUGGCGUCACAGUGUACAGGCUCGACCUGAACAAGCUGGAGUGAGCAAAUCAAAGCAGCACAACCUUCGUUAAGAAGCAUGGCAGCUUUUAUGAAAUCCCUGGUGUAUUCAUCUUAUUCGUAUGUCCGCAUGUGCCCCUGUUGAAUGUCUGAUACAAGUAUUUGAACUUGUUUUUCACACACUGGUGGAUAAUUUUAUCCGGAUCUCUGAGCCCAUAACCUUGAGCCAUGCGUUUUGUUGCCACUAUUAAAGCCAUGCCUGCAUUUUUUUAUUUUUUUUUAAGAAGCUUACUUUUUUUCCCACCAUUGACUGGGUAGUUUGUAAAGUCGUAGUGACAGUCGUGAAACAAGAAGGUUUAGUUUUAGUUGAGAGGGAAAUUCUGAAUCAUGAGUGAAAAGACGUUCCAAUCUAAAGGUUAUUUGCAUAAUGGUUUGUUUUAAUCAUGCUUUAAAUUGGGUGAUUACAAUAAGAAGGAACAGUGAACAAAGGAAAACCAGAUUACAGCUGGAAAUACAUGUUGGUGUCUUCAGAGCAGCUUAAAGUCGACUUCGCUCUGGAGAUGAAUCACAUUAAAGUCCAGAGGUGCCGUCGUCCCGUACAGUGUGUCCUGCUGCUGAUGCCUCAGAGCCCGGAUACCUGCAAAUCAGUAGUAAAACUCAAACGGGUCAUUGAAAAAGAUGCUCACCAUCAGUCUGCUGUUGAUUGUACGGAGAAGCCAAAGUUCUGACCUGUUCUCACGUGGUGCAUGUGUACGGUGCUGUAUUACCAGAGCAUUAGUGGCAGGAAUGUAUUUGAUCGCUAGCAUGUGCACUCUGUUUUAUGUUUUCACAUCCUAUGUUCAUCCUGUCAGAUGCCACUAAAGGAACAGAGGGUGUUCUGGUUCUGCCGUGUAGCCAGUCCGGCUGGAUUUGGGCUUUUGUGUCAGUGGAAGACUCUAAAAAGGGAAAGAGCAAAAGUCUGGGGAUGCACUUAAAGAAGUGGGGUUCUCCAAGCUGAAGAGCGUUAGCCUAGCAUGUUCCCCAGCAGCGUAGCCCACCUUUGUACAGGUAGUCUAACUCCUUUUACUGUAGGCCUCGUGUUAUCGUUAUAAUCCAUUGCGUGUUUGUGUACAUGUUCAUUGGCAGGCCCCAAUGAAAGCCUCACUAACGGACGGGCGUCAUGACACUGACCUCUUGCGGUGUCUCUAAAUGUUUUUGUAAGCGGUUUUGUUGUUCUUUUUUUUCCCCACUGGCUCAUCUGCCAGAGGACGAACAUGGAAAAGGAGGAAGCUUUUCCCUGGUUUGUGAGGAAACAGAAGUUUUUCAUAUCAGUUGUUAAUGUUUUACUUGAAAUGUGCUUUAUCUGAACUGUACGUGCGUGUGUGUGUGUGCGUGUGCGACAGAGGCGUGUGUACAGCCCGUCUGUUUGAUCCUGGUGUGGAGCCUCUACAGAUGUAUCCAGUCCAACAUCUGUAGAGUGAUGACACGAAUAAUGAAGGAUUCAAGUUGCAUUCAAGUCCAGAUUUCCAUAUCUGUGGCGUCUUCAGAUUCAGUGAUGCUGGAUUUUUCAUCUUGUUUUUUUUUUUUCAGCGCUCGUUCGUUUGAUGCUGAUUGGCAGGUUUCAGGAAUUCUGAAAUAUUUUUUUUGUAGAUUUAGCAUCAGAUGAGUCCACCCUAACUGUGAAACAGCCAAAUAUCAAUGACCAACAUGUGGUUCAUGCUAAUGACAAAUAACAAGUGGACACCAGUGCAGUAAACAUUAGUGUGAUGCUCUGUUACAGCUGCAGGUUGUAGCCAACAACCCAGUAUUGACGCCAAGUUCACCUGCUGUGCAGUAAUAAUGGAGUCCACGUGCAGAUUGUCAUGCUUUGUUCCAGUGGUUGUGUGUUUAAAUUCCUUCAACGAGAGUGGACCCGAAUGAAAGUUGAGGGUUUUGACCGUUUGUCAUUUCUCAACAUGUGUGUGCUUCACCUGAGAAGGCGACACUGACCUAAGUGUGCGCUUUCACGCUCUUUCGUGUAUGCAGUACAUUGUGACGUCCUUCUGUAACAGGCCGUGCUGUCAGAACCUUAACCUGUACUAUGAAUGAAUGUACCUCGGGCCAAUGUAACGUUAAUCACAGCCUACAUGCAUGAGAUCGGCUCAUUUUAAUUUAGCCGCUGUCCAGCCAUACAGACAUUGAUCAUCCCAUGCCUUAAGUUAGCUCCACGUAGGAACGGCUUCUAAGUUCACCUCCAUAACCUGUUUUUAUUCAUCAGUGCAUAUUGUGUUUGGCUCCUGCUCCCAGAGUAAAGGUUUGUAGACUGACUGACUGCUCAUCUGAGUGUUUUGUGAAGAUGUAGAAAUAAAUUUGUUAAACAUUGA